GCUUACCCCCUCCUCCUCCUCCUCCAGGCCUUUCAUCACACUUUCCCAAAUAUUUGUCCUGGCAGAUAAGAGCCUGGUAUUGGAACUGUCACCCGGAGGACAGGCUCUUAGAGUUGGCAGGCCCCUGGACACCAUCCCCGCCCAAGGUCUCUGUUUUGCUGUACAUGCAGAGAAACUAAGGCCCAGAGAGAGGCGGGGGCUCAGCCAGGGUCACCAGAGAGGUAGAGGCCAAAGAAGGGUCCAGGCUCCUUGAGGCUGAGCCUAAUGCAGCGGGAAAGGGCCUGUGGGCAUGAGGGCCCUCUUGGCGAUUGGACACAGGACACCAUGCUGCUUCUGAGUGCCAUGCGAGCUCCUGUCCUCAAAGGCCAGGUGCUGUUGCUGCCCCUGCUGCUGUGGCUGGGACCACAGACAUCCCCAGGUCUGGUCAUCACACCUCCGGGGCCAGAGCUUGUCCUCAAUGUCUCCAGCACCUUGGUUCUGACCUGCUCGGGUUCAGACCCGGUGGUGUGGAAACGAAUGUCCAAGAAGCCCCCGCAAGAAACGGCCAUGACCCCGGAUGGCAAUUACUCCAGCGUCCUGACUUUGACCAAUGUCACUGGGAUAGACACAGGAGAAUACCUGUGCACCUAUAAUAACUCUCAUGAGCUAGAGGCUGACGAACAACAAAGGCUCUACAUCUUUGUGCCAGAUCCCACCAUGGGCUUUCUCCCUAUCCCCUCCGAGGAAUUAUUCAUCUUUCUCACGGAGGAAACGGAGAUCACAAUUCCAUGCCGAGUGACGGAUCCACAACUGGUGGUGACGCUGCAUGAGAAGAAAGUGGAUGAUCCACUGCCCGUCCCCUAUGACCACCAACAUGGCUUCUCUGGGACGUUUGAGGACAAGACCUAUGUCUGCAAAACCACCAUCGGGGACAGGGAGGUGGAUUCCGAGCCCUACUAUGUCUACAGCCUCCAGGCGUCAUCCAUCAAUGUCUCCAUGAGUGCAGUGCAGACUGUCGUCCGCCAGGGCGAGAACAUCACCAUCACGUGCAUGGUGACUGGGAACGAGGUGGUCAACUUCGAGUGGCUGUACCCCCGCGAGGAGAGCGGGCGGCGAGUGGAGCCAGAGACCGACUUUGAUAUCCCCUUCCACAUACGCUCCACCCUGCACAUCCCCAGUGCCGAGCUGGGCGACUCAGGGACCUACAUCUGCAAUGUAUCAGAGAGUCUGUAUGACCAUCAGGAUGAAAAAGCCAUCAAUGUCACCGUGGUUGAGAGUGGCUAUGUGCGCUUGCUGAGGGAUCUGGACGCUGUACAGUCCGCCGAACUGCACCGGAGCCGGACACUGAAGGUGGUGUUCGAGGCCUACCCUCCACCUACUGUCAAGUGGUUCAAGGACAACCGCACUCUGGGCGACUCCAGCGCCGGCGAGAUCGUCCUGUCCACGCGCAAUGUGUCUGAGACUUGGUACGUGUCAGAACUGACGCUGGUGCGGGUGAAGGUGGCCGAGGCUGGGUUCUACACCAUGACGGCCUCCAAUGAGGAUGACGAGCUCCAGGUCUCCUUCCAGCUGCAAAUCAACGUGCCUGCCCGGGUGCUGGAGCUGAGCGAGAGCCAUCCUGCCGAUGGGGAGCAGACUGUCCGCUGUCGCGGCCGGGGCAUGCCUCAGCCGCAUCUCACCUGGUCUACUUGCCGGGACCUCAAAAGGUGUCCGCGCGAGCUUCCGCCCACGCCGCUGGGGAACAGUUCUGAGGAGGAGAGCCAGCUGGAGACUAACGUGACGUACUGGGCGGAGGAGCAGGAGUUCGAGGUGGUGAGCACACUGCGCCUACACCGUGUGGAUCAGCCGCUGUCUGUACGCUGCACACUGCGCAACGUGCUGAGCCUUGACGUGCAGGAGGUCAUCCUGGUGCCACAGUCCCUGCCCUUCAAGGUGGUGGUGAUCUCAGCCAUCCUGGCCUUGGUGGUGCUCACGAUCAUCUCCCUCAUCAUCCUCAUCAUGCUCUGGCAGAAGAAGCCCCGCUAUGAGAUCCGAUGGAAGGUGAUUGAAUCCGUGAGCUCCGAUGGCCAUGAGUACAUCUACGUGGACCCUAUGCAGCUGCCCUAUGACUCCACCUGGGAGCUGCCGCGGGACCAGCUCGUGCUUGGACGUACUCUCGGCUCCGGGGCCUUUGGGCAGGUGGUGGAGGCCACGGCUCACGGCCUCAGCCAUUCUCAGGCCACGAUGAAAGUGGCUGUCAAGAUGCUGAAAUCCACAGCCCGAAGCAGCGAGAAGCAAGCCCUCAUGUCGGAGCUGAAGAUCAUGAGUCACCUUGGGCCCCACCUGAACGUGGUCAACCUGCUGGGAGCCUGCACCAAAGGAGGGCCCAUCUACAUCAUCACCGAGUACUGCCGCUACGGCGACCUGGUGGACUACCUGCACCGCAACAAGCACACCUUCCUGCAGCACUACUCCGACAAGCGCCGCCGGCCCAGCGCCGAGCUCUACAGCAACGCCCUGCCCGUCGGGGUCCCGCUGCCCAGCCACAUGUCCCUGCCUGGGGACAGUGACGGUGGCUACAUGGACAUGAACAAGGAUGAGUCAGUGGACUACGUGCCCAUGUUGGACAUGAAAGGAGACAUCAAGUAUGCAGACCUCGAGUCCUCCAACUACAUGGCUCCUUACGAUAACUACGUCCCCUCCGCUCCUGAAAGGACCUGUCGAGCGACUUUGAUCAACGAGUCCCCAGUGCUUAGCUACACGGAUCUUGUGGGUUUCAGCUACCAGGUGGCCAACGGCAUGGAGUUCCUGGCCUCCAAGAAUUGUGUCCACCGAGACCUGGCAGCCAGGAAUGUGCUCAUCUGUGAGGGCAAGCUGGUCAAGAUCUGUGACUUCGGCCUUGCUCGUGACAUCAUGCGGGACUCUAACUACAUCUCCAAAGGCAGCACCUUCCUGCCACUGAAAUGGAUGGCCCCUGAGAGCAUCUUCAACAGCCUCUACACCACCCUGAGCGACGUGUGGUCCUUUGGGAUCCUGCUCUGGGAGAUCUUCACCCUGGGUGGCACCCCUUACCCAGAGCUGCCCAUGAACGAGCAGUUUUACAACGCCAUCAAGCGGGGUUACCGCAUGGCCCAGCCUGCCCACGCCUCCGACGAGAUCUACGAGAUCAUGCAGAAGUGCUGGGAAGAGAAGUUUGAGAUUCGCCCUCCCUUCUCCCAGCUGGUGCUGCUUCUCGAGAGACUGCUGGGUGAGGGUUACAAAAAGAGGUACCAGCAGGUGGAUGAGGAGUUUCUGAGGAGCGACCAUCCCGCUGUCCUUCGGUCCCAAGCCCGCUUGCCUGGCUUCCACGGCCUCCGGUCCCCUCUGGACACCAGCUCAGUCCUCUAUACUGCUGUGCAGCCCAACGAGUGCGACAACGACUACAUCAUCCCCCUGCCCGACCCCAAACCCGAGGCUGCUGACGAGGGCCCGCUGGAGGGUUCGCCAAGCCUUGCCAGCUCUACCCUGAAUGAAGUCAACACCUCCUCGACCAUCUCCUGUGACAGCCCCCUGGACCCCCAAGAGGAACCAGAGCCAGAGUGCCAGCUUGAGUCUCCCGUGCAGCCCGAGGCAGAGCCAGGGUGGCUGCCGGAUUCGAGUGGCCCCGGGCCCCGGGCUGAGGCAGAGGACAGCUUCCUGUAGGGGCUGGCCCCCACCCUGCCCUGCCUGGAGCUUCCCCUCUACCUCCCAGCACCCCACGUCUCCUGGCCUGCCCUGCCCAGCUGCCCAUCAGCCGGGCUGCUCCCAUCGGCUGCCCCCUCUGGAAGGCUUGGGCCCCUGCCUUGUCGCACCCCAACCCCUGGGGCUGGCUGAGGAGGCAAGAGGACCGCAGGGGCCAUGACCAGCCCUCUGCCUCUGGCGAGGCUGUGUGACUUGGAGCCAGGGUUCUCCCAAAGGACUCAGUUGCCCCAUCUGUGAGACGGGAACGUUGGGCUUGGUGGCCCACAAUCUGGGAUUCUCCCCCUGGCUGACAGGUGGGGAGCUUGGAAUCCCCGGGGAGAUUCUCUAGGUUUGUGAGGUGGUAAGCGAACUGUUUCUUGUUCAGCCGGCUACCCCUCAGGGAGCUGCAGCUCUCUCCUUGUACUUCCUCUGCCCAAAAGCUGGGGAAGGGGCCCGGGUAUCCCUGGCUCCCGGCUGAGCCGGGGCCUGGCCUUGGGCAGCGUUGCUCCUCUCCCCUAUGUCAGUCUUUGCUCCCCCAGGCCCGAGCUGGUCUGGGCCGCCCGUGCUUCAUCGAUGCCAGGGGCCGAGCCCAGUCCCGGGCAUCCGGGCCUACAGCCCUGCCCCAGGCACGCGGGGCCCGUCUCCCCAUAACACGUGCCUGUGUCCAUGUCUUCCCGGCUCCAUGAGUCCUGGGGUCUUUUUCCUCAUCACUGCCAGUCUUAUUCCACCCACCAGAGGCUCCGGGGCCAGACGGCCCCAUGUCUGUGAGGAGUGCGUGGAUGUGCCGUGCGAAGUGUCCACACAUGCGGGCCAGCUUGUGGACUGUAUGUGCUCCGGACCCACUGAGAGACCUGGCAGGAACCGCUUGCCCUCUGUGCAUCCGUUUUCCCUGUUAAGAAAUGAGUGGGUUGAGCUCAUUGAAUUCUGGUGCCCUGCCAGCACUAACAUUCUAGAAUAUUCCUGCGGUUGCACACGUGCCCAGAUAAAGUAAAGCCAAACACCCCAACCCUGCAUCCUGGGGGUGAGCUGGAGUUGGGGAGGUUCCAGGCCACAUAUCAUACUCCGGGCAUUCAGGAACUGUGCCCCUUCCCCAGGCCGCUGGCAAGUCCCAAAAGGCCAGCUGCCCAGGCCUUGACAUGAAGUGACAGUCUUACUCUAGAAAGCCCCAAGCAGCUGCCUCAGGGACACAGGAAGACCCCGGGAGCCCUUCCAGCACCCGCAAUGACCUCGGGAGCUAUCUGGGGCCAAGGAGGCAGACGAGCAAAUCAGAGCAGCUGGUGCACCCACCAUACCAACGCCUGCCGCCCAGGUCUAUGCUGCAGACAGUGGACAGUGAAGGCCCCUGCGGGGCCCUGGAAAUGACAAGAAGCCUCGGAUGGGGAACCUGAGAAAGGGGUGCAAGAGGUGGGUACUCUGAGCGCUGCCUUUUCACCUGCCAGCUGCCCACGGGGCCUGGCUUUGUCCCUGCGCAGGCUCACCCAGCACACUGUCUCCACCAGCCACCCAGCUCAGCAGGCACUGAGGUGCUGAGGGAGUGAGGGCUGUGGCCCAGACUGCGGGCAGGGGGAGGGCUGGAACGGGGGUGAGGGAGGAUGAGCCCCCCUGGGCACCCGUCCCCUGUGCUGGGUGGCACCUCUCUGCCCCAGGACCCCCGAAGCCUGGUUGAGGAGAGGGACUAGGUUCUCACUACGGUACCAAAGAUGUAAUCACCUAGGUUUACAAGUAUUUUUAGGACUCACAUUAACUCACAUUUAUACAACAGAAGUGCUAUUUUAUAUGCCAUCAAAAUUUCCUAUCUGUGUACCUUUUUUA